CAUAAGUCUUUCAAAGCUGAAUUCAAUUAUAGUGUAUCUCAAUCUUCAUUCACUUGAAACAGAAUGGCCAAAGAUCACGAAUUCGCCAUAGGAAUUGACCUUGGUACAACUUACUCGUGUGUUGCAGUAUGGCAGGAGCAACAGUGUCGAGUGGAAAUCAUCCAUAAUGACCAAGGCAAGAACACCACUCCUUCUUCUGUUGCUUUCACGGAACAUGAAAGGUUGAUCGGUGAUGCGGCUGAAAAUCAAGCUGCCACCAACCCCGAGAACACUGUCUUUGAUGCUAAGAGGUUGAUCGGUAGAAAAUACAGUGAUCCCAUUAUUCAAAAGGAUAAAAUGUUGUGGCCAUUCAAGGUCAUUGCUGGUAUUAAUGACAAGCCCAUGAUUUCUGUUAAGUACAAAGGUCAAGUGAAGCACCUUUCAGCUGAGGAAGUAUCAUCUAUGAUCCUUGCAAAGAUGCGAGAGAUUGCAGAGGCGUGUUUGGAAGCACCAGUGAAGAAUGCUGUUAUUACUGUUCCUGCUUAUUUCAAUGAUUCUCAGCGAAAAGCCACCAAAGAUGCUGCCAUCAUUGCUGGCCUCAAUGUAAUGCGGAUAAUCAAUGAACCCACUGCUGCAGCUAUUGCAUAUGGCCUUGAGAAGAAAAAUAAUUGCGUCGGAGAGCGAAAUAUUUUCAUAUUUGACCUUGGUGGUGGUACUUUUGACGUGUCUCUCCUCACAAUUAAGGAUAAGGUUUUUGAAGUUAAGGCUACAGCAGGAAACACUCAUCUUGGGGGAGAGGACUUCGACAACAGAAUGGUGAACUACAUGGUGCAAGAGUUUAAAAGGAAGAAUAAAGUGGACAUUGGUGGUAACCCAAGAGCCCUAAGAAGGUUGAGAAAUGCAUGUGAGAAGGCUAAAAGGGUACUCUCGCAUGCUGUUACUACCUACAUUGAGUUAGAUGCUUUAUUCGAGGGCAUUGACUUGUGUUGUUCGAUCAGUCGUGCAAAGUUUGAGGAAAUCAAUAUGGAGCUCUUUGAAGAGUGUAUGGAGACAGUAGACAAGUGUCUUACUUAUGCUAAGAUGGACAAGAGCAGUGUGCAUGAUGUUGUCCUUGUUGGUGGUUCUUCUAGGAUUCCCAAAGUGCAACAACUACUUGAGGACUUUUUCCGAAGGAAGGAUUUGUGCAAGAGCAUCAAUCCUGACGAGGCUGUUGCUUGUGGUGCAGCUGUGCAGGCUGCUUUGUUGUGUGAAGGCAUUAAGAAUGUUCCAAACGUGGUAUUGUUGGAUGUUACACCGUUGUCACUUGGUUGGAAAUUACAAGGAGAUAUCAUGGGUGUUGUGAUUCCUAAGAAUACUACUAUUCCGGCGAUGAAGACAAAAGACUUUGUCACAAUUGAAGAUAACCAAUCCAGAGUGUUUAUCCAGGUUUAUGAGGGUGAGAGAACAAGAGCCACUGAUAACAACUUGUUGGGUUCCUUCACGCUUUCUGGUCUUCUUCCAGCUCCUCGUGGCCAUCCAUUUGACGUGUGCUUUGCCAUAGAUGAAAACGGUAUCUUAUCUGUCUCUGCCGAGGAUAAGACUUCAGGCAAUAAAAAUGAGAUUACCAUAGUCAAUGAUCAAGGAAGAUUGUCAGCACAAGAAAUUAGAAGAAUGAUUCAAGAAGCAGAGGAUUACCAGGCUGAAGAUAAGAAAUUCCUAAGGAAGGCCAAAGCAAUGAAUGAUUUGGAUUUGUACAUUUACAAGAUCAAUAAUGCUCUAAAAAAGAAGGAUAUCAACUCAAAGCUUAGCUCAAAAGAAAAGAAGGAUAUCAGUUCUGAAAUUUGUAGGGCCAGAGAUUUACUUGAUGCUAAUAACCUGCAACAGCAAGAUGAUAUACUUGUAUUUGAGGAUUGCCUGGAAGAGCUUGUGGCCAUCUAUGAACGUGUCAUGGGAUUAGAGGAGGAAGAGGUGGAGGAAGAAUUUACAGGAUUAGAGGAGGAGGAGGUGGAGGAGGAGGAGGGAUGGAGGAGGAAUUUACAGGAUUAG